AUUGAUAACAAACUUAUUGUCUCACGUGUUUUUGCGACUAUCUCAACGAAGUUUUUAUAAUCAAAAUAUACUACUGUUCGUUCACAAGCACAGUUUCAGUAUAAGAUUCAUUUGUGAGCCUCACAUUUAAAGGGAAAAAGAUUUAAUGAGAUGCUUGGAAAAUAUAUAAGUCAAGUGGAUUUUCUCCUACUAUAAUCAACAGAUUUUUUCCCCGAUUUCACACUGUUGUAUAGUGGUUUAAAGACGAAGUGAAUUCAAACACGUAUUGUUGUAUCAUCUGGAAAAAAUCAGACGGCGAACAAAAUUGAAGCACACUCAUCAAUUAUAUGAUUUAAUCACCAUAAGCGAAAGAUUGAAAUGGCGAAGUGAAAUGAAUUCCGAGGAAUGUCCGCAAUUGGUCAACCUGUGAGUCCUGCGAAUCCCGUGUGAGUGCUGUGCGUGCCCAGACGAUGGCGGUGGGCAGUCCAAUUAUGGAGACCGUCGCUAUUUUGGCCCUGCUGCUUGGCCUGUUCAUUCGAAGUGGCUACUGCAUAGACUGUUUCAAGUGCGUGUCCUACAAUGGCGCCAACAAGGCCUGCGACGAUCCCUUUCACAACAACUACUCAACGGCCAUUUUGGAGUCGCCCUGCAUGGGCGGCCGGAAGGGGCGUGACGGCCUGUUUCCGGCCACCGCUUGCAUCAAGAUCGCCGGCUAUUACGAUGGAACUGGCGAGACGAUAACGGUGAGGGGUUGCGCCCUGGACAGCGGCACCCUGACCACCGACACAGAGAUUAUAAGAAUGUCGCACUGCGGAAAGUUCUACUACGAUGACAAGUACGUGCACGGGUGCUUGCAGAGCUGCAGCGAUGCGGAUGCCUGCAACUCGGCCAGGAGGCAGGGCGCGAGUCCCGCAGACCUGGAGUCGCUGAUGAGGCACCUGCUCAGCCUGGUGGUGUUCCUGCUGGCUGCCAGCAGGUAGCAUAGUCGGUAUCUGUAGGUCCAGUAUCCGGAGCAGGAGAGGCAGGCGGAAAUAUGGCUGCAAGGGAAGUAAGGCAGCCGGGAAGGCAUUCAAGUCGUCUUGGAUGCGCGUGGAAAUCCUUUUCUUUUCCUUCGAAUCUCUCUGUGUCUAGGAUCGCAAUCGCACCCAAAUGUAAACGCACUCGAGCUGCUGCAGCAAGGACACGCUCGGAAACACACUCUCUCUUACACACAAUAACAUUAUGGAAUUCAUCAAGCAAUUAUGUGAUUUUUAAGCGAAUACUUAACAACUAUCAAACAAUAAUUGAUGAGCGCAAACGUAAACUAUUUAGAUGCUAAGCAUUCGAGUGGCGAAAAUCAAAGAAACACACUGCAAACCAAAUUCAAAUUCUAAUUGCAAUUAUUUUUAGCUUCUAAGGAAGGAAUCUAGACUUUAAACGCUGUCGCUUAGUUAAAGGCAGGAAUGGUUUACGAUUUAUAUACGAUGUGUUUUACCUUGGCAUAAGUGAGCAUUUUUCACCUCUCUAGAUGAGUAUUGUACAUAUACAAAAACAAUUUACCUAUUUGUUAAACGAGUGCUGAAUUUUGGGCAGAUUAUAAAUAGUUGUGUAAAUGGAUUAGUGAGUAAAAUUAGCAACGAAAACUGCGAGCUACAAAGUGGGAGGGAGUUCUUUUUUUUGAAGAUUGAUGUAAUAACGUCAUCUUUAUUUAAACUUUUGUGAUUUGCAUUAUCAGACCGCAAAUAGAUUACUCGCAUUACUCGGAACUGGCUGAACUAUUUACUAGUUGUUUAUAUUAAAAAUUACUUCUAUUAAGUCCU